CGAGUCGUGUCAGCCAAAACAGCGAAGCUACCAAGGGAAUUUGAAUCUCUUAGUUUUUUUUAGUUAUCUCGUGUAUUACUGAUAAGGCAGACGCGUCUUCUUAAAUAGCGAAUACACACAAAAUCUGCCUAAGCUUUUAUUGUUCUGAAUUGAUAUACAUCUAGACAAACGUCCAGUGAUCCUUUUCUAAAAUGGAAAUGGAUACAAUCGGUGAUCAAGAAAAGGACCAAGUGCCUAAAUACGGCCUGAAAUUGGCUUUAAAUCACGAAUAUCCUUUGCAAAGCAAACAAAUUAUUAUACCAAGUGCUAAGCAAAUGUUUGAAAUGAUGCCUCUAACGACUAGGUAUUUAAAGUAUUAUGUUGGCAAAAAACUAAGCAAGAAGAAACCCAUUAUGGAUUAUAUUCACAUGAUAUCUGCUCAAAGAAUGUAUGGUUGCCCAAUAGGAGGUAUUGGCGGUGGUACUAUUGGCAGAGGCUACAAGGGAGAGUUUUGUCGCUUCCAGCUCUACCCUGGCAUUUAUAACCAUAUCACUGUGCCUGAAUGUCAAUUUAUAGUCAAUAUAAGGAAUGCUAACAAUGAAACAAUAUUCCAGUCAGUUUUGUCUACUUACAAUAAACCAAAGAAAGCCCCAUCAUCAUGGGAAUGGAAUCUAAAUGGAGCAGAAUGCCAAUACACAGCCCUCUACCCCCGAGCAUGGACUACCUAUGACCUGAGCAAGUAUGGGGUCAAACUGGUGUGUCGACAAAUAUCUCCAGUGAUCCCCCACAAUUAUAAAGACAGUAGCCUGCCGUGUGCUGUGUUCGUGUUCACCGCGACCAACGUGAGCGAUGAACAGCGACAUGUCAGCAUCACUCAAACCUGGACCGAAAUACCGCUCAAGGCGAAUAAGAAGAAAAAGCAUUUAGGGAAAUUAGAAUUGGAGAGGUAUUCAGAAGAGCACACAUGUGGCGUAUCAUUAGAGCAAAAGGUCGGCGAACAGUCGUGCACCUUCACUGUAGCAAAGAAAAAAGACGAAAAGGAGACUAUUCACGAGGGCUAUUGUCUAUGGAACGCAGCUAAAACGUCGAGCUACUUGUGGGAGUGCCUUAAGAAGCAUGGCAAGCUCGGGCCGGACCCGAGUCUCACGCCGCCGCCGCCAAAGGUCCCGGAUAAGUCGGAAGGAAAAGUGGAAGAAAAGGAAAAGAAGGAGAAGCCGAAAAAGAUUCAUAAAUGUGAUUCCAUAGGACUAUCGAGCGUCAUAUCCCUGGAUCCAGGAGGAACGGGAACGACGGAGUUUUGUCUCGCCUGGGACAUGCCUAUUAUUAAAUAUAAGAAAGACAAAAAAAUUCAUAGGAGAUAUUACACAAAAUACUUCGGCAGCGACGGCAUAGCCGGUGCGAGCAUUGCCGCCUACGCGCUUAAGAAUUAUAAGAACUGGGAGAAGCAACUCGCAGAGUGGCAGGACCCCAUACUAACUAAUAGCAAUAUACCAGACUGGUUAAAAGGUGCCUUAAUGAACGAGCUUUACUAUAUCGCUGACGGCGGAACCAUUUGGUUUGAUGUGACUGAGGAAUUCCCCGAAGGCGAUCCUAGACAUGACUUCGGUCUUUUUGGUUAUUUAGAAGGGCACGAGUAUAGAAUGUAUAAUACGUAUGACGUACACUUCUAUGCGUCGUUCGCCUUAGCACAGCUGUGGCCUAAUUUACAAGUAGUAUUACAAUACAUGUAUCGAGAUACCAUAGCGCUCGAAACGGAAAAGUGUAGGACGUCGCUAUACGACGGUAAAACCGUUAAGUUCAAAAUAAAGGAUUCUAUACCGCACGAUUUGGGAGAUCCUGCGGACAUACCAUUCUCGAACAUCAACGCGUACAACAUCCACGAUGUGAGCGAGUGGCGAGACCUCAACAUCAAGUUUGUUCUGCAAGUGGCCCGCGACCACCGGCUGCUGCGGGCUUAUAGCGCACCAUUCAACACCGACAGCAGGUACCGGUCGAUGGCGUACAUCGACGACGUGCGGCAGGGCACGGAGGACGACCUGUACGCGCGCGCCACCGGCCAGGCGGACGGCACGGCGCCGGCGCCGGCCGCCGGCCACGCGCCCGCGCCCGCGCCCGCGCCCGGCCACGCGCCCGCCAGGCCCAGGGACAUCCUCGACCUGCUCUACAGGACCGUGGAGGAGCCAGAAGAGUUAGAAGAGGCGGAGGCCGCGGAGCUCGGAGCGGCGGUGUGGGACGCGCGCACCUACGUCACGGACAUGUACCCGGCGUGUGCUGCGUUGGUCCGGAGGGCUGCGGAGGCGUGGGACGCGGACGGAGACGGACUCAUUGAGAACGGAGGAUUCCCUGACCAGACUUAUGACGCGUGGGUCAUGUCUGGACCUAGCGCCUACUGCGGGGGAAUGUGGCUAGCGGCAGUGGCCAGCGUGCUCAGCAUGGCGCGGACGCUUUCUCUUGAAGAGGACGUCGUGGAGUUCUCGAAGCUUCUAGAGCGAGCCAAGAAUGCCUACGAGGAGAAGCUGUGGAACGGCUCCUACUACCGGUUCGAUACCAAACCGGCCAACGAACGCGUCGUCAUGGCCGAUCAGCUUGCAGGACAUUGGUUCCUCCGUGCCUCAGGCUCCACCGAUGCAGUAUUCCCCGAAGCGCACGUCCGCAAGGCUCUCUCCUCGAUAUACGAGAACAACGUGCUCAAGUUCGUGGACGGCAAGAUGGGCGCCGUCAACGGGUUCUCGCUCGACCGCGGCCGCGCCGACGCCACCGCGCUGCAGAGCGGCGAAGUGUGGAUCGGUGUGGUGUCCGGGCUAGCUGCUACGAUGAUCUACGAAGGUAUGCAUGAAGAGGCGUUCAAAACCGCUGGCGGUCUCUACAACACCCUGUCUCAAAUGGGGCUCUCGUUCGAAACACCUGAGGCUCUCUACGAGAACGGCAACCAUCGCUCCAUCGCCUACAUGCGGCCCCUCGCCAUAUGGGGUAUGUACCAAGCCAUUAUAACUAGGCCCCCGGUCCAUACUCCCAUGGCCAACGGACAAGUUGCCAAAGAGAACCAUGUUAACGGAUUAUAGUCAAAAAUGCGCUGCCGAAAGGUUGUGUUGGUUCGCAAAUGUAUGAAGUACGUAUGGAAGCAGGGAUUGUUUAGCUGACGUUUUGGAUAUCGGAGUUGAUUAUCACAGCAAAGGAAUAAAGAACAAAAGAUGGAAUUACUGACCCCCUUAUUCAUAAACGUUCACUAAAGUUAUCAAGCCGAUAAAGUUCGUUUGUCCCUUUCCAACGUAUUGCUGUGAUAGAAUGGGACAAACGAAAUUUUUCGGCUUUAUAACUUUAGUGAACGUUUAUGAAUAAGGGGGUGAGUGAUUAAUUGAUUAUACAGUGAAAGUCAAUUGAACGUCUGAUAAGAAAAAGUAAAGAAGUGAAAUAAUAUUUGACGGGAUAUUUUUGGAGCAUUAAUUAAUUCGUUAGUCUUUUGCUGUUUUACUCGCUCUGUAGUGUAUUUAUCAUAUUGUUAUAUGUUUGUAUGCGCAAAUUGUUGAAAUUGUUAUAGACGAGCUUGUAUGAUGACUUCUAAAUUCAUCUUGAAAAUGUAUGAACGAAAAUUUGUUUCGUUUCUUGUGCAAUACAUUAUUUAUUUGGUUCUGGUUCUCGUAAAGCGGCACUUUGGUGACGACAGACUUAUUGAACUUUAAAUUAAAAAUAAAUUGUCACGAAUUACAGACGAAAUACUUGAAUUAACUUCUUUUUGUUUUAAAAUUAUACGUGACGUAUUUUUUCCAUAUUUAUGUCUACCUAAACAAAUCAGUAUAAAACUUAUUGUUUCUAGAAACUUUAGAUGUACGAGUAGCUAAAAUAGUCGACUGUAUGUAUACUAAUCAAGAGCAUUUUCUAAAAUUCAGUUAAAUGUUUAAUAGUACACAGAGUGUUUACACAUUUACAUUAUAUUUUUUGUGAAUCAUAUUUUCCAACUGGUUUAUUUAACGAUACUCGUAAUAUUGUGAUGUUUGAAUUCAAACCAAACAACACGUAAAUGUUGAGAUGUUUUAGAGAUAUGUUUUGUAUUUAUUUUUAUUUAUUUCGACAAACGUUGUCUAUUCAUGGAAUGCUUCCUUUUAACUAAACACCUGGUCAUUUAAUUAUGAUGGGCAUUUAAAAUAAUUCAAUGUGAUAUUAUAUAAUGAUAUUAAUUAUGCUAAUGGUGAACCAACUUUUUGAAAAAGUGUUUUUAUAAUAUUAUGAUUAUUUAUUAAAUGCAUUUAUUUAAACUUAAUUACUUACCAAUAGUUACAUUUUAAACCAAUGAAAUUGCAACGAGAGUAUUCUUCUUAUUUUAUAUUCAUUCUAAUAAUUUAUUAAACAAAUUGUUAGUUAUAACUUUAUGCAUUAUUUAUAAAACGUGACUAAUGUACUUAAGUAGGAAAUUAUGGACGUAUUCUUAAAAUUUGUAUGACAAUUAUUGAUGAAUUUUGUACGUAAAACUAUAUCCGAAUGUUGGUCUUUAUAUGGGGGUGGGGACUUAAAUGAAAUACCGUUUAUCUUAUUUUUACUUUAUAUUUCAAAAGAUUAUAUCUUAGGUAAAAAUAAAUGCGAAUUGGGUCACAUUAAUACAAAAUUACGUA